UAUCUGCAUUAUUUUUUUUUUCGUCGCUACUGAUCUUAUAAUGAUGAACACAAUAAUUGGUGCUGCAAUUAUUAUAGGACUGCCAUUUCCUGCAGCAUGUACUAUAUUGAAGCUCCUGCAGUGUUGUACAAGGUUCUCAGGGAAGACAUUCCACUGCGCCCGAUGGGGACCCCGCCUAUAUGCAUCUCCAAGAUUCAGACGAUGUCUGCCUAUCGCUAAAGUUAUUUUGUUAAUUUCCUUCAUUUUCAACGUCAUCGCAAUCACUUCCCAGAUAGCGUCGCCAGACCUUACACUAGAGGACGUUAUAAUUGCUGCUGCAUCGAUGGUGGGACUGGUACUUUGUCAAACAUAUGCCAUUAUGUUUCUCUGCUGGACAUUUAAGGAGUUCCCAGAGGACAAAUGGUGGUGGUGGCGCCUGAAAAUCUGCCACAUUGUGUCUCUUGUUACCAUCCUCAUUGCUUUCAUUUGCUGGAUUGCAUUUAAAGGUGAACGUUGUGACAGCAACUUUCCUACCUGGACACUGCUUGUUCCGCUAAUGCUGGGAUGGCUGUUAGCAUUACCCAUGGCACUUCCAUUUGGCCACAGCAGAAGUAAUGGAACUCGCAGAGCCAACACCACUGAAAGAGAACAGGGUAAUGGAGAAGGGCAAGAAUUGCAAAUCAUGAGACUAGAACAUUCUGAACCUGCAGCUGAACCUGAAAAUCCUCAGCUCGUUUAAAAGGGACACUCACAAUCAAGGCAAAUUCUGUGUCCCUCCCAUAGACUGGGACCUGGAAAACCCAUCUCUCCCACAGUGGGAAAAUGGUGCUCUGCAGCUGAAACUGGUCGUACCCUGGGAGAGAACAAAAUUGCACUUAUCUCAUCUCUUGGCCUCAAGAAAUGUAAUUCUUGAUAAUCUGCCAAAAUUAUCACAGGCACCUGAAUCAUAGUUUUAAGGUACCAUGCGUGAAGAGCCUGGAGGACUAAUCUCUCCACGG